CUCUAGGACAAAAAGCACCGGCAGGCGAUUCCAAAAAUCUUUUUCUUCCCUUCUCCUUCCAUCAUACGAUCUAAUACAAUCCUCACAUCUCUACACCUCCACGUACCAUAGCCUCCCGUCUCUUCCAUACCUUUACGAUCUUUACGACUCAUCCUACUACCUUUCAAUUCAAAAUGCCUUUCAAAGACGGUACGUAUUUGUCUGCCUAUUCCUCUUAUGCGCCUUGGGCAGCAUGGCAAGUGGAAGUGUCGCCGCCCCACGACAUUCAUCUUGCCAUUGAAGUACAACACCAUAUAUUCUGCAUACGGGAGUUGAUGAUGGGAUGAUGAUUGAACUGGCGAACACGAUGGGAAAUCUUGCGACUCGAUUCAUCUCGAAGGGCGGAUGAGGCAAAUCUUGCCACCUAGUCCUUUGGAAUGAAUGACUCGGGAUUUCCCAGAGACUACCACGAGUCUAAGAAUCUUCGAUAGGCAAGGACUUGAUCACCGUCUUCGUCUUCUCGUGUGCGAUCAGCCGCUUGGAAGCCUAGGAGCCGGUUCGUCUGCGUUUAUCAACCGCUCGAAUGCGCCACGGGCGCUAAAAUUGCCUCAAUAUCAAUGAAACUACCAAGAACAUCUGCUAAUCAUCUACAAUUUACAGGAGACUCCAAGAAGGGAGCCAAUCUCUUCAAGACCCGUUGCGCACAAUGCCACACCCUGGGAGAGGGCGAGGGAAACAAGAUCGGUCCUAACCUACACGGUCUCUUCGGACGUACCUCCGGUACAGUCGACGGUUUCUCAUACACCGACGCAAACAAGGCAAAGGGAGUCAAGUGGGAAAACGACACUCUGGUAUGUUCCCCUUCACGUCUCGCUCUAUCAAAACACUUUUAGAAAAUAUUUGUUAAUGAUGAAGUUCACAGUUCGACUACCUCGAGAACCCAAAGAAGUACAUUCCAGGUACCAAGAUGGCAUUUGGUGGACUCAAGAAGGACAAGGACCGCAACGAUUUGAUCACGUAUGCUACUUUCUCCCGUCUUCGCACAAUCAAUAUACUAACAUGUACACAGUUACCUCCGUGAAUCCACGAAAUAGACGAUGUUCCCGACGGCGCAGAUGGCAGUGUACUUAUAGAAAUGGAAAGGCAUAGACGAAAGACCGGUCCGCGCACUGUAUUGUACUUUUAGGUUUCUUAGAUAGAAGGCGACAAUGGUUGUUGGCGCACUCUCCUUUUUUUCUACAUGGCUCCGGGCACUGCUUGAUUGAUUGAGUAGGGGUUGCCUGGGGUUGUGUGAAGGAAAAACGAAAUUCAGAUCUCCU